AAAAUGGGAAAAGGAAAUCUUUCUAAUGUGGGACAAUUUGUUAUUGAGGAUUUUUCUGACCUUCCCAACCUCCAAAGCCUUCUGUUUGGAAUUUUUACAAUUGUCUAUAUGAGCAUCCUGAUGGGAAAUGGCCUCAUCAUUGUAAUAACCAAGCCUGAUCCAGCUCUCCAAACACCUAUGUAUUUUUUUCUAGGCAAUUUUUCUUUUUUGGAAAUCUGUUACACAUCUGUUAUUCUUCCCAGAAUGUUGAAAAACCUUUGGACUCAGAAUAGAAAUAUUUCUUUUGUGGCCUGUGCUACACAACUUUGUUUUUUACUUAUCCUGGGAGCUACUGAAUGCUUCCUCCUGGCUGUGAUGGCAUAUGACCGAUAUGUGGCCAUUUGUAAGCCUCUCUACUAUCCUAUUAUCAUGAACCAAAAGGUGUGUAUCCAGCUGGUGAUUGGAUCCUGGAUAUGUGGGAUCCCAGUGCAGAUAGGACAGACAUACCAGAUUUUCUCUCUGUCUUUUUGUAGUUCUAAUAAACUCAACCAUGUUUUCUGUGAUAUCCCUCCAUUACUAAAACUGGCUUGUGGGGAAAUCUCUAUAAAUGAAUUAUCUGUCUAUGCUGUGGCUGUGCUAUUUGUUAUGGUACCCUUUUUAUUCAUAAUUUGGUCCUAUUCAAAAAUCAUUGUCACCAUACUGAAUCUGCCAGUAGGCAUGGGAAGAUCCAAAGCUUUUUCCACUUGCUCAUCCCAUCUCAUCACAGUAACCUUAUUUUUUGGGUCUGCUAUCAUAACAUAUUUAAGACCUAAAUCCACACACUCCCCAGGAAUAGACAAAGUGCUCUCACUUUUUUAUACCAUUGUGACCCCAAUGUUUAAUCCUUUGAUAUAUGGCCUAAGGAAUAAAGAUGUAAUUUCUGCAUUGAAAAAACUUUUCUAA